GGGCAGGGAAAGGAGACCUCGGGAGCCAGGCACCUAGCGGCCUCUUCCUUCCAGGCGUCCCGGGCUGCCCUCACUACCAGUCCCCGCCGUCUCAUUUGCCGCCUUCCGACGCGUGACCCCGGCGCGCUCGGUUCCCGGGCCGGUGACAGGCGCGGGGUGCGCCGAGCGGUCCCAUGUGCGCCCUCCCUCUCGCGGCCGCUGCAGUCACCGCGCCCCGAACCCAGCUCCGGCUCUUCGGCAGAGGCCUCGCCGCCGCCAUGUCUACCGCCAGGCCACUCAAAUCCGUGGACUACGAAGUGUUCGGCAGAGUGCAGGGUGUUUGCUUCAGGAUGUACACCGAAGAUGAGGCAAGGAAAAUAGGUGUGGUUGGCUGGGUGAAGAAUACCAGCAAAGGUACUGUGACAGGCCAAGUGCAAGGCCCCGAAGAGAAAGUCAAUUCCAUGAAGUCCUGGCUGAGCAAUGUUGGAAGUCCUAGUUCUCGCAUUGAUCGCACCAACUUUUCCAAUGAAAAAACCAUCUCUAAACUUGAAUACUCUAAUUUUAAUAUUCGAUACUAAUAGGAGAGAAAUUAAAAUUGUAAUGCUCAUACUGCACAAAGACACUAUGUAUUCUUAAGUCUAUGUACUACAAUGAUUGAUAGUAGCAGAGUAGGGUAAAAAAAAAGGAACUUUCUGUUCUGAAAGCUACAACAUUAUAUGUUACUAAAAAUGUCUGACACUGAAAUAGUUUUACUCAAAUAAUAUGUUUUUAACAAGCCAAAACUUAGAAUUCUAAAAUUUAAAAUGUCAUUACAAAAUAUUUAAUAUGAAUAUUUUACUGUAUUUAAACUUGUCUCAUGGAAUCU